UUAGGAAAGAGCUUCUGGUGUCAGGGAAGGGGGACCUCAGAGAGCCUUUUCUGGAAUGCUUCAUGUGGUCUUUAGCAAGGAGGUGAGCACACAAGAAACCAUCCACUGAUGGAAGAUGACGCAUCUGGAGGGRAGAAGCGCUGUGGUCAGGCACCUGCAGGCAAAGUUCCAAGAGAACAGGGAAGAAGCUCCUGAAGUGGGUGGGUGGCUGGAGAGUCGCCCUGCUGCCUCCCAGGGAUCAGAGCCAGGACAGACCCCUGCCAUGGCCUGCAAGGGUGAGCCUCCUCCAGAGCCCCCCCGGAGCAGGAGGGUGGACUGCAGCAGGGCCUCUUCAUCUCAUAGUACAGGCCAGAGUCUGGGGCAGCCUCAUCCUGCCUCUGACACCCUGGCACAGAUGGUGCGGCGGAAGAAGGGGAUGGCUCAAGAUGCCAACCUCCACCCAGGACCUGCAAAGCCAGGAGGAGAUGUGUUGAACAAGAAGGUGGGAGCCAGCUCUGAUCCUCCCCAGAGGAAGCCAGCCCAGCAGACAUGGCCACCCGCCAAAGACAAGGGAGCUCCAGCAGUUCCUGCCAAAGCUGUUUCAGCACCCCUGCUCACUGUGGGAAGCCCCCAAAGGACAGAGCACCCAGCUCUGCCCCGAAGGAAGCCUUUGCCACACSUCAGGGCACUGGCAGUGAGACCAGCCAAGCCCCGGCGCCCUCCUGUUGUGGAUUUGUCAAAGUUCAGAGCGGCUGCACAUCCUGGGACACCUGCACAUCCCGGGACACCUGCCCAUCCUGCCACAGAACCACCAAGGAGUGCUCAGCUGGGUCACCUCAAACCAGGCUGUGCUGCGUUGGUGCCUGCACGGCUCCUGCUGCAGGAUGCUCCGAGGGGCACGGGGUAAGGACAAAGGCAGCWCUGCUAUUCAAGCUGGCUUCCAGGCUGUGCCAAGCCCCUGGGAAGGGCACAAGA